AAAAAAUAAAUUGGCUCCCUGGUCUCCGGUGUGGAUUUACAUACCCUGUCCCUGAUUUCCGUAGGACUGGGAAGCGAAAGUAGGAGGGUGGUGAACCUUUCAGGAACCGAGGAAACAGCAGCAAACGGCGUAACUUAACAAACCAACAACUUAUAGCCCCCUGCCGUCGGUUUUCUCCUGCCUCCCAACCACCGUCGGAAUAACGUUUGCGCUCUUUUGGCUCUCAACGGUCCUCUCACCGGAUUAUUUUUCAGUCUGGAGGAGGGCUGGGAGGUUUUUCGGAGAAGUCGGGAAGCAGUUUGAGUUGAAGCCGGUUUGAAGGGCUGUGGCCAUGGCCGGGGGUGGUGGUGGUGGUGGUGGAGGGGUUUCUCCGUUGGGGCCCGUACCGCCGAUGUGGUAUCACCGGGACCUGAGUCGAGCGGCGGCCGAGGAGCUACUGGCCCGGGCCGGGAGAGAUGGCAGCUUCCUGGUGCGGGACAGUGAGAGUGUCAACGGGGCUUACGCUUUGUGUGUACUAUUUCAGAAGCAUGUCCACACAUACAGAAUCCUCCCAGAUGAGGAAGGAUUUCUUGCUGUACAGACGUCUCAGGGUGUGCAGCCUAAGCGGUUUAAGACGUUACCGGAGCUGGUGUCGUUGUACCUGCAGCCCAGUCAGGGUCUGGUCACCACCCUGCUUUACCCCGUAGACAGAGAGGAAACUGCAAUCAGUGAUGACCGGGAUUAUUCAGAUGGGGAAGAUGAGAAGCCACCCCUCCCCCCUCGCUCUGCCUCCACCUCCACUCCCCCAGGACCAGACACACCCACAGACAGCGCUCCAGCAGCUAAUGGCCUGAGUACCAUCUCCCAUGAGUAUCUGAAGGGGAGCUAUGCUCUGGACCUUGAGGCAGUCAAACAGGGAGCCUGUGCACUGCCUCACCUCAACAAGACACUAGUGGCCUCCUGCAAACGCCUCAAUGGGGAGGUGGAUAAAGUGCUGUCAGGUCUGGAGAUCCUGUCUAAGGUCUUUGAUCAGCAGAGUGCCUUCAUGGUCUCCAAGAUGAUCCAACAGUCGGUGAAUCAAGGUGGAGACCAGGAGUUGGAGAACCUCGUGACCAAGCUGGCAAUUCUCAAAGACCUGCUGUCCUCCAUAGAGAAGAAGGCUCUGAAAGCUCUUCAGGACAUGAGUUUAUCCUCUCCAUGCUCCCCUCCUCCUCUCUCCAUGCGUCACAGUAAAGCCAUCCCUGUGCAGGCCUUCGAGGUAAAGCUGGACGUCUACCUUGCAGAGCUGACCAAGAUAGGAAAGAGUCAGAAGUACACUCUUUCUGUGGACGUGGAGGGAGGAAGACUGGUAGUUAUGAAGAAGGUGAAGGACAGCCAGGAGGACUGGACCACCUUCACAUACGAAAAAAUCCGUCAGCUGAUCAAGUCUCAGCGGGUGCAAAAUAAGCUGGGCAUUGUUUUUGAGAAGGAGAAGGACAAGAGCCAGAGGAAAGACUUCAUCUUUGCUAGUGCCAAGAAGCGGGAGGCGUUUUGCCAGCUGCUGCAGCUGAUGAAGAACAAACAUUCCAACCAGGACGAGCCAGACAUGAUCUCCGUCUUCAUAGGGACCUGGAACAUGGGUUCGGUGCCUGCGCCUAAGUCUGUGGCCUCAUGGGUUUUGUGUCGUGGCCUCGGGAAGACUCUGGACGAGAUGACCGUCACCAUCCCUCAUGACCUGUAUGUGUUUGGAACCCAAGAAAACUCAGUGUGUGAUCGCGAGUGGGUGGAGUCACUACGUGCCAUGUUGAAAGAACAUACAGAGCUGGAUUAUAAACCGAUAGCAGUGCAGACUCUAUGGAACAUAAAGAUUGCUGUGCUGGUGAAACCUGAACAUGAGAACCGGAUCAGCCAUGUGGGAAUGUCCAGUGUCAAGACGGGCAUCGCCAACACACUGGGUAACAAAGGGGCGGUUGGUGUGUCCUUCAUGUUCAACGGAACAUCUUUCGGCUUUGUGAACUGUCACUUGACAUCGGGGAAUGAGAAGAUUGCCAGGAGGAACCAGAACUAUCUAGAUAUCCUGCGGCUGCUGUCACUAGGAGACAAACAGCUGAGCUCCUUCGACAUCUCGCUGCGCUUCACACACCUCUUCUGGCUUGGAGACCUCAACUACAGACUGGAUAUGGAUAUACAGGAGAUACUAAACUACAUUAACAGGAAGGAGUUUGAUCCACUGCUGAAGGUCGACCAGCUCAACCUUGAGAGGGAGAAGAAUAAAGUGUUUCUACGAUUUGCGGAGGAGGAGAUCUCUUUCCCACCCACCUACCGUUAUGAACGUGGCUCGAGGGACACAUAUGUCUGGCAGAAGCAGAAGGCUACGGGGAUGAGGACUAAUGUUCCCUCCUGGUGUGACAGGAUCCUGUGGAAGUCCUACCCAGAAACACACAUGGUCUGCAACUCCUAUGGCUGUACAGAUGAUAUAGUAACAAGUGACCACUCUCCAGUGUUUGCUACGUUUGAGGUGGGCGUGACCUCCCAGUUUGUUUCCAAAAAAGGGCUGCCAAAGUCUUCGGAGCAGGCCUACAUCGAGUUCGAGAGCAUCGAGGCCAUUGUGAAGACGGCGAGCAGAACCAAGUUCUUCAUCGAAUUCUACUCUACUUGUUUGGAAGAGUUUAAGAAGAGUUACGAGAACGACAGUCAGAGCAGUGACAACGUGAACUUCCUGCGUGUGGGCUGGUCCAACAAGCAGCUAACAACGCUCAAACCUCUUCUCUCUGAGAUCGAGUACCUGCAGGACCAACAUCUGCUGCUAACUGUGAAAUCGCUGGAUGGAUAUGAGUCCUACGGAGAGUGUGUGUUGGCUCUGAAGUCAAUGAUUGGCAGCACAGCACAGCAGUUCCACACCUACCUGUCCCACCGUGGCGAGGAAACAGGAAACAUCAGGGGGUCCAUGAGGGUCAGAGUCCCCUCUGAGAGGAUGGGAACCAGGGAGAGACUCUAUGAGUGGAUCAGUGUGGACAAAGAUGAAACCGGCGGACCUAAAGGGAAGUCCGCCCUGGUGCCCAGAGCGGGACAUGAAUAUGUGAAGCCAUCCGUGGUUCGUAAACAGCUUGGGGAGCUGGGGAAGGUCAGUGAGGAGGGAGAGAGGAGCAGCAAGGAUGAAACUGCUGCAAGGCCCAAGCAGGAUCCUUCCGACGGCGAUCCAUCCAUCAGCAAGAACAGCUACAAUAAUCCCGCCUACUACAUCCUGGAGGGCGUUCCCAACCAGUCUGCAGCUGCUAUGUCACCUGAGCUUCUCCCGUCUCCUACCUCCGCCAAUCCCCAGGCAGCUAAAGCACCUCCUCCCUCAGCCGGGGCUCGAACCAAACCCCCCUGUGCGGCCCCAGCACCCUCUCACCCACGUAGGCCCAUGACGGGUCACCCAGUCCGAGCCAUUAGUGAGGAGGGCUCCUCAGAGGACGAUGGAGUUUGUGUGGCGGGGGUGCAGGGAGGAGCCACAGUUGGAAGCACGCUGAAUCGACCACCUCCUGACUUCCCACCUCCUCCUCUUCCCAAGGGGGCCCUGGAGAUGGUUGCAGAGGGCCCUUUCCCUAAAUCUCGCUCCCUUUAUCCAGAUCUGGCUGAGGUCAGGAUCCCGGCAGCCGGUCCUGGUACCCCGCUGGCUCUUGGGGAGGGUUUCAGGCGAGGAGGAGGAGGAGGAGGAGGAGGUGGAGGAGGAGGAAGUGGAGGGGGAGGUGGAGGAGGUGGAGCAGGGGCGUUGGAUGACCAGUCAUGCUCCGUGCUUCAGAUGGCAAAGACACUGAGUGAGAGCGAGUUUCCCGGACAGCCUCCACGUGCUCCCUCUGCACCGCCUCCUCUCAGGGGGCAGGGGAUGGGUUUAGGUCUGGACGCCUGCCGCACCUUCCCACCCAGAAAUCCCAUCACAGAGAGUAUCGCAGAGGACCUGCCUGAGGAGGCGCUUUGGGGCAGCAGUAGCUCGUCGUUGUCUGUGGGGGAAUCGUCAGUGGGGGAGUGGCUCCAGAGACUGGGACUGGAGAGGUAUGAACAGGGUCUCCUACACAACGGCUGGGACGACCUGGAGUUCCUCAGUGACAUCACUGAGGAGGACCUGGAGGAGGCAGGAGUGCUUGACGCCGCUCACAAGCGAAUUCUGCUGGAGAGCCUCAGGCAGCAGCAACAGAAAUAAACUGUUCCAAACUGGUCUACGACCAGUCCAAACCGGCCUGGCAACACACCAGGUCCCAAGAGGCCAAAUCUCAGCUGAACUGAACUGAACUGAACUGAACUGAACUGAACUGAACUGAACUGAGCUGGAAUGUGCCAAUUGAUGCCAGACUGUGCCUUCUGAGAGAAAUUGCACUCCAUUUUUACUUUCAAAAACACUUGCUGAACCAAUGUCCUUUUUCAGAUGUAUGUCCUCGUUGUCAUAGAGGUGGCCUUAUUUAACGAUAAUCAUUUCAGUCCUUCGAGCAUCACUACAUAACCCUCGGUUUUAAACCUAGUGAGAAGAUGCAGGAUGAGAUCGUAUGUAGAGCAGCUGAUGUCUUGACCAGAACAUGUAGAAGUCAGAGAGGAAUCUUCAUGUGUGUUGUACCAUCACUUCUGACCUGCAGCUUCAAGCUAGCGUUAAAGCUUAUUUUCUUGACGUUGUCCUGAGAAACCUCAAGAGGUGAGUUGACAGUGAGACUCCUCAGAAAUGGGGAAUUUCACGCUUUCAAGUUAAAAGAAAAAGGAGAGGCUUUUUGUGACGAGAUCAGACUCUUUUGACAACACCGUUCUUCUCAGAGUCUCAGGUUUUUUCCCCUCUAAUGGUCACAUCCGGGAAAUGAUGCGGGAAGAAGCUAAUUAUUAGAGAGCACUCAAGGGUAAUGAGGAACCCGACUGCUUCCGUAAUGUAGACGGACAGGAAAUGGUGACAUCAUUAAGAUGUAACGGAGAGGACCUAGCUAAAGUGAGCUCAACUCAGUUUGUACUUUUGUGAUGAUGUGUGGGCCGCUGUUGUUCAAAUGGUGGCGUGUGUUGUCUCAGUGUCUCUGCAUGUAUUUAUGUUUUUGUUUAAUGAUAAAGGGAAUAUGGAGCAAACCAACCAAACCAGUCCUGAUAGAGCUAAAAGUGCAUAUUUCACCUUGGUACAACAUUUAAGUAGCUGUGUUAGCCCUGAUGUGUGAUUUGUGUAACUUAACACUGACAUUUUUGGCUUUCUCACAAGUUAUAUUGUUAGAAAACAAGUUCUGUCUCUGUGUACAGUCACUAUUUGGUUAACUGGUCGAGGGGAUCACACGGGUCAGGCGAUGAAUGCUGCACCAAUGUGAAAUAUCACUUGAAAGAUUUUAUCCAGUUCAUUUCUCAUGUUCACACACUUUCAUUUUUUAUAUGAACGUUAAAUUUCAAUCCACAGAGGAAGACAAAUCUUGUUCUUAGCAUCCUGUGACCCAAGUUUGAUGGGCUUUACGUCACAACUUGUACUCAUUUCAUUUUAAUUUGUGUAAAUGGAGCAGUGUUCAGGAAAUCGGUUAACAUAGCCAUGCAGAUUAACAGAUGAUGCGUCUACUGAAGAUUUACAACACCAUCAUGUUGUUGUUGUCUUGGAGAAACCAUUUGUCACCGAAAAGAUAGAUUUUGUCUUAUCUUGUUUCAUCAGUAAAGACAUUGCGUAGUCUUAUGAUCAUGAGAAGAUGUCAUUUCUCUGAAAUGUCAGAGUGAUAAAGGUUUCUGCAGGACACAGAUGAUAUGAGGGCUGUUGUUGUUCCCUGAUUUAACCAGCAGGUGGUGCUACUACUCCAUAAACCUCAUCAGUAGAUGUUGACUGGAAGCUGAAGGAAAAAAAAGACAGAACCAAGUCAGGUUCUCAGGUUUUAUUCUCCUCAACGGUUUAUUAAUAUACAGUUUAACUUACUUUGUUCUCAAUUUAAAUCCUGCCUCCUCUUCAGAAAAGCCAGUUAAUUGUUGUUUCAAGAGAUGCUGAUGUCGAUUCAUCUGCACAUAUCUGACACCACCCCAAAUUAUUUCUCCAAUUAAAGCACACAACGUGCCUUUCCUACUAAAAUAUGAUGUAAAAAUGCCAGCAGCUGACUCUGAGAGUCUCUGCAAAAUGUGGAAAAAAGUAAAAUGUGGAAAUUUCAACUCAAAUUAAUCAUUUGUUUUGUAAUUAGGACUAAAUAUGAUGAAGUCUUUGAGCAUGUGAUUCAUUCGUAGACUCAGCUCCUUGCCUGUGUUGUGUGUGUGUUGUACCAGACCUGAAGCAUUUUUUAAAACAAUGUCUCUAAUCUUUUUUCAUGCCAAGAAAGUGGCUCUGUUGUUUAAAUGUUUUAAAUUUAGUGUCUUUUGAGGCCUUUUGGCCUUUCAGUGUUCUCAGUUGUUUAUGUGUGUGUGGUUGUGUGUGUGUGUGUGUUUGUGUGUGUAUGUGUGUGUAUUUCUGUGCACAUGCGUGUUUGUGCAAAAGAGACUUGCCACUGCUCUUUUCUCUGACACACUCCAUUUCUUCAUGUAGUCUCCUUAUUUGGUUGUGUUAAGUUAAUGUAAGUUGUUUAACCAUGUACAUUUUUUUUUCAAUUAAAAUAUAAUAUCUUUCCUUA